AUGUUUGGUACUCAACGCGCACAACAAGGCAGGCAGAGGGAUGUUAGAAGCGCAGUCCAGGAGGACAGAUGGACAGUUGGGACUCUUCCAUGCUCGGGGCACUGGGCAUCGGGACUGCACCAGCCGUCUUCGUCGUGGCAGGUGGCUAGCACGCUCGUUCUCCAAGCGCGGGCCAGACGGUUGUUUGACGGCGGUCCAGUCCAUAUGCAGGUAUCCUGCUGUGCCAUGCUGCCGGAUGUUUUGCAUCGUGUGUUUGUUUCCUCGCGACGGCAGGGAUACACGGCCGGAACCACAAUGGCCGAGCGGGUGCUGCGGACGGGCACGCUAAGGAAGGCUGAAGUCAGAGACUCACCUGGUCGGAUUGGCCGCGGCGUGCAGGUGGUUUGGCGUAUGGCUACGCUCACUCCGUCGUUGAAGGAUGGAUCGCCGCCAGCAAUUAGACUUUCACCUUGCGCUGCCGGGCCCCACUCCUUGCUCUCCAUCUGCUGCGACCACGAGAGAAGAUUUGGUUCUGCUGCUAAUUUCUGCUACAUGAACGGUCCCUGGCGAACGACCAGCUGCCACAUGGUCGCAGAAUGCGCCCGCGACGGAGCGACGAGCGACGCAAUGCCCCCGAGGGCAGAGAUUGCGACGCAUCUUGAUUUCUGCUCUCACAUCAUCAUCUGCAUCGGCUGCCCUCCCGGCCAUUCACGCACCUCUUCGGCUGUACAUUUGAUCGCCGCGCAUAACAAAGCAAUUCAUCCCACUGGUCAUGGGGAGAACACGAGCAACGAACGUCGAAGCCCCGACGACCGUCGUCCUGGCGUGCAGUCGGAUGGCCGUCCCAUGGGAGCAGGAGGCCCGGCCCUUUACACUCCUUCACCAUUUCCGUUACGACUGCUUCCGGAUCGUCUUCCUGACACAUCCGUGCGAAGCGAGCCUCCCGAUCAUAUGAUUUCGUCAAAGGAAUGCCUCAGAGAGCUUGUGAGCGGCUUCAAAUUGCUAUGUUUCGGCUCCAUAGUGCACUCAAUGUUCAUGUUCGAAGACUUUGCGCAGCUCGGCGGGCAUAGUCGCAUCUCGCAACCAAUCGAGCUGCCGCGGGAUCCACGUUUGAGACCUGCGACUGUCAGGCUGUGCGGACCGCUGGAUUGCAAAACUUCCACCAAGUACAGCAAGGAUACGCGUGGAACAUUGUUACGUGCGUUCAUACUCAUCAAUGAGUGCGUGUUGGCUCAUGGUCGUUCUUCAUUAAACGUCGCUAACCUAAUUCAAGCUCCUUCCUCAUUGAAGAGUAGCAGGAACGCACUUUCCGAGAUAUCAUCAAGCCAAGCUCUUGUAGUGCUCUUUCAAGAGCAGGUCUCAGUCGAUCGAAAUUCCCCAUUCCUGGCCCCAAACGUGUUUGAACAUCGUUUCACCAAGUCUAUUCCGCAUUAG